UGACUUCCCCCGGCGAGAGUUGACCCAACCAAGCCACACGUCUCGGUGCGCUGCUCGGGGAAGGAUGUCUACGCCGACAGGGACGGAAACCAGUUUAAUGUCGGACCUUUGGUCGCUUCUUUGAGCAAUUAUGGACAACCAGACUCGGCUGUCGGCGGCAGGGAGACGCAGCGCGACUUAUAGUCUCCCUGUUUAAUUUCUUACCGCAGAGUUACCACUCUUUUUUUUCUUCUUUUUUUUUCCUGGGGGGAGAUUUUAUCGCUUUGACAACAAAACUUUGACAACUUGACCCCCCCCCUCUGGGUUUGUCGGAGCCCAUGACCGUGAAAGAGGAGCAGAAGCUUUCCCUCCGACCCAGAGCGCUUGACGCCGCCCCUCCUCUCCUCCAGCGGCCCCGCCACCCUCCGGCCACCGGCAUGACCCUGGGAGCGCUGUCCGGCUCUGACGGCUCGCCGGCGGUCAGCUUCUGCUCGUGCUGCGGGGCGAAGAUGGUGCCCUACUCCAGCGACGACGCGGUGGCGUCCAAGAAUCAGCUCAACCAGUACAUCAGCGAGAGCUUCCUCACCGUGAAAGGUGCAGCCCUCUUCCUCCCCCGGGGGAAAAGCCCCACGUCCAGCUCUGCACCUCGGAUCAGCCAGCGCAGGAACAAGCACACGGGCGACCUCCAGAAACAUCUGCAGACGAUGUUCACCGUGCUGCGGCCUGAGGACACCAUCCGGCUGGCGGUGCGUCUGGAGAGCGCCUAUCCCCAGGUGACCCGCUACAUGGUGGUGGUCUCCACCAACGGCAGGCAGGACACGGAGGAGAGCAUCGUGCUCGGCAUGGACUUCGUCUCCUCGGACAGCUGCUGCACCGUGGGGCUGGUUUUACCUCUGUGGAGCGACACCCUGAUUCACUUGGAUGGAGACGGGGGCUUCAGCGUCUCCACGGUGAACAGGGUUCACGUGUUCAAGCCGGUGUCCGUCCAAGCCAUGUGGUCGGCCCUGCAGUCGCUGCACAAAGCCUGCGAGGUGGCUCGCUGCCACAACUAUUACCCGGGGAGCCUGUUCCUGACCUGGGUCAGCUACUACCAGAGCAGCGUGUCGUCCAGCCAGUUCUGUGUCAACGAGUGGAACGCCAUGCAGGACGUGGAGUCGCACCGCGCCAACUCCCCCGUCCUCUUCACAGACCUGCCUACAGAGAGGGAGCGCACAGAGAGGCUGAUCAAGAUGCGCCUCAGGGAGAUCAUGAUGCAGAAGGACCUGGAGAAUGUCACCAGCAAAGAGAUCCGAACAGAGCUGGAGAUGCAGAUGGUGUGCAACCUGAGGGAGUUCAAGGAGUUCAUAGACAACGAGAUGAUCGUCAUCCUGGGGCAGAUGGACAGUCCUACGGAAAUCUUUGAUCACGUCUUCCUGGGCUCGGAGUGGAACGCCUCCAACCUGGAGGAGCUGCAGAACAGCGGCGUGCGCUACAUCCUGAAUGUGACCCGAGAGAUAGACAACUUUUUCCCGGGGAUGUUUGAAUACCACAACAUCAGAGUGUACGACGAGGAGGCCACCAACCUGCUGGAGUACUGGAACGACACGUACAAGUUCAUCACCAAAGCCAAGAAAGCUGGAGCCAAGUGUCUGGUCCACUGCAAGAUGGGCGUGAGUCGCUCCGCCUCCACGGUGAUCGCCUACGCCAUGAAGGAGUACGGCUGGGACCUGGACACCGCCUUCGACUACGUGAAGGAGCGCCGCACCGUCACCAAGCCCAACCCGUCCUUCAUGAAGCAGCUGGAGGAGUACCAGGGCAUCCUGCUGGCCAGCAAACAACGGCACAACAAGUUGUGGCGCUCCCACUCGGACGGCGACCUAUCGGACCGCCCCGAGUCCAUGUACAAGCCUUCGUAUCCCACGCUGGGCCGCUCCGACUCCCACAACAACAACGCCCCCUCCUCGCCCUCCUUGCAUCACUUCCUGGGCGUGGCCGUCCUGCAGGCCUUGGGCGCUGAACCCGCACGCUCUGCCAAGUCGGGCGACUCCGCUUCGCACCUGCUCUCCAACGGCGUGGCGGAGGAGGUCGGGCCCCGGCUUCCUCUCCCCAGGCCGCGAGCCGCCACGGUCAUUCCAGAAGAAAAGCUGGACAGCUGGGCGGCCGUGGCCGUCACCGUGCCCGUGGCUCUGCCGCACCCCCCGCCGUCGCUCCACGUCUUGCCUCCUACCCCUGAACUCCAGCGGCACCGCCCGCCGCCUCCCUCGCACCUGUCCAUUUCAGCACCAUGCAAACCAGUGGAGCCGCCCCUCGACCCACCAGAGGCGUGCAGCUCGGAGGAAACCUCCCCUCUCACUCCGGGGUCCAGCGACUCCGACGUACUGGACAGCGGCGACGAGCAAGGCCCACUCAGCCCUGCGACCACCAGCCCUCUGCCCCCGCUUCUCAACCUCGCCCCGAGCGACGACAACAACAACCCGACCGAGCCGCAGACAGGCGCCCCCCCGGACGGCGGCGAGGCCCGCCUCGGCUCCGACAGCAUCGACUUCUUCAGCGCCAGGGAAAGGUUCCUGGGUUUGGCGCAGGACGCUCCAGCGCGGCCGCAGUCGGAGCAGAGAGCGUCGCCGGAGGUGGAAGACGAGGAGGAGCAAGAGAACGGGACCAGUCAGCCUGAGGACCGCUCUGACCGAGCGUGUCCCCCUCACCAGGACAACGGCAUAUCCGUCCGCCACAUUGUCAUCGAGAUCGAAGCCAUAUCACACUCGGCCCUCCCUCCCUCCAGUCCCUCCUCCUCACCCUCAUCCUCCUCACCCUCUCUCUGCUCCCAGCCUGUCCACUCCGAGCCCCUGGAGGUACCGGAGCCCCCCCGGGUCCUCCGCAGCUCUUCGCCUCCGUCUUCGCAGCCUUCGUCUCCCUCCAGGCUGCCGUGUGACCGGCUGGCGGGUUCGGUCCGCCGGGCCACCGAGCAGCUGGAGCAGAAGCUGAAGCUGGAGCUGGAGCUGGCAGCGGCCCCGCGGUCCCCGCUGCACUCCCCCGGUGCCGAGCAGCCUCCUGCCAGGCUGCCGCUGAGCUCCCAAAGCCCCGAGCUGUCGCCGCCCCUGUCGGCCCUGCCCCCCGCGGGGCAGACCCCCACUCAGGAAGAGAUCAAAGCUGUUUCUGCCGAAUCCAAAGACGUAGCCGAGCCCAAAGGCUCCCAAAGACUUGGUUCCUCAGCCACAGACGACCUCACAGACGGGCGAUGCAGCCCGGAGCCGCCUAGCGGCCAGCUUCCUGGUGCUGGACCUGACAUGAUGCCAACAUCGCCACAUACCUCUCCUCUUCAGUCAGCAGAACCCUCUCUAGAUACCUCAGCCCGGUGCCACAGACCGGGCCAGCAGCACAGCCAAAGCCCGCAGGCUCCAGCUACCUUGACUCUGGACGGAGCGACGGCGGAGGAGUCGGAGACGGACUGCGGUCCUCCGGGGGGGCGGGCGGGUUGUGGGCCCGGCUGUGAGGCCCAGGGCAGGCUGGCGCGCAGCAGCCGGGAGCUGGAGGCCAUCCAGCAGACGCUGCGAGAGCUGCAGGCUUUUCUCCAGGAGGGCGUCGGGCCGGAGGACCCAAACAGUCGAGCACAAGAACCGGAGCGGCCCCAGGCGCCGACGGACCCAAUGGACACCGAGUCGGGACAGUAUAAAGGUCCGGGCCUGGCGGUCAGGCGGACAGAGAAAGCAGAGAGGAGGGGCGAGCCCCCCGCGUGGCUCAGAACCAUGGAGCUGGAGGCCCGUCUGCGGCAGGCGGGCCUCACGCCGCCGUCCCUCAUGAAGAGGUCGGCGUCUCUGGCCAAGCUGGACUGCCUGGAGCUGUCCGCCAACGACCUCUGCGACCUGGACCUGAGGCCGCACCCCCCGUCGUCGCCUUCGCACCCCCGGCACCCUUCCUCCGUGACACAGUCUCACCUGGACGACACCUGGAAGAAGCAGAAAGUUCUGUCUCUGAACACUUGUGAAACUCCCCAUCUCUCCCCCGACGCCCCGCCCCCGUCCCUCUCGUCCUCCAAAGAAGACAAAAGCGAGGCCGACCAAACAGACGGUGGCGUGCCGGCGCCAACUCAGCAGGGCAGGGGAUACCCGCCGAGGCGUCCUCGGAAGGCGUCGUCAGAGAGGAGACGAGCCGUCGCUCUGCUGUACAACACCAUGUGACCUCAGUGGCGUGGAGCGAGGAGCAGAUGAAGCGUGGACGCUCCCAUGAGAGACGAUGAGCGCGUGUUUGCAUGUGAACCACUGGAUGUUGGACUGGACGACAGUAAUAUUAUAUGAAUGUGCAAACUAAGACAGAAGCGGUGCAUCUCUGCACUCAGAUGUUGGGUUUGUUUGUUUUUUUAUUGUCUUUUUUUUCCUUUUUUUUAAAACGAGCGUCUGUUUUCAGUGUGAGGCCAUCGCCGCCUGUUCAAAGCUGAUAAAAAACUGCAACCAGAGCGUCUUUUUUUUUUUUUGUUUUUCACAACAUGCACUUUACAAUGUAGACAAUUUGUGUUUUUUAUUUGAAAUCCGUUUCUUACGCUGGGAAAGCCUGUUUUGCACUGUUCUCAGGAGACUCGUCUCUGUGGAUUUGGACUUGUCUUUACUCAGAUUUUUAAUUAAACCAGGACAAAGCUGA